CGCUGGGAGGGACCCGCCUCUGACAAGUCGCACCAAGCAUCCUUUCUUCUCUCUCCUGGUGGUCUCAAACCAAGGCAGCCGGGUCUGACCCGUGUGGCGCUGCGUGGGUCCUGUUCUGCGUGCGCCAGUGGACCCGAGCUCGGGGGUCGUUCCCCGUCCAUCUCCAGGAAGUCCAGCUGGAGGAAGGAGGGCGAACUGGGGAGGCGGGGCCCGGUGCCUGGGAGCAGCCCAUAUGGCUGGCAGUCCCCAGCCUCAACGCAGCCAGGGAGGGACUCGGAUCCCAGCGCUGGCCGAGGUGCUCGGGGGUGCUCUCUCUGCCGGAUGGCCAGCUCCCGCCCAGAUCCUGAACCCGAGCCCGAAUCCGUGUUCCCACGCGAGGUCCGGCUCUUCACCGACUUUUACUCGGAGAGCAGCCGGUUCUGCUUCUGUGGGCACGAGCUGAGCAUCACGCAAAACUUUGGGUCGCGCCUUGGGGUGGCGGCACGCGUGUGGGAUGCGGCUCUGAGCCUGUGUAGCUAUUUCGAGAGUCAGAAUGUGGAUUUUCGAGGCAAGAAGGUGAUCGAAUUGGGCGCUGGGACGGGCAUCGUGGGAAUCCUGGCGGCGCUGCAGGUGCUAACGUCCCAGGCCUGUGCUGCUACCAUCACGCUCAGCCCUUGGCACUAUUCUGUAAACUCCGUGAGGGGUGGAUUCUUACCUGUCUUGCUCACUGAGGUAUUCCAGACACCACCUGGCAUCCAGACCCAUGGGGGGGAUGUUACCAUCACUGAUUUACCACUGGUCCUAGAGCAGAUCCAGGAGAAUGUCCGCGCUAACGUGCCAUCUGGAGGCCGGGCGAAGGUGUGUGCCUUGUCCUGGGGAAUUGACCACCAUGGCUUUCCUGGAAACUAUGACUUGGUGCUGGGGGCAGAUAUUGUGUACCUGGAACCUACCUUCCCGCUGCUGUUGGGGACCCUCCAACACCUGUGUGGGCCCCAUGGCACCAUCUACCUGGCCUCCAAGAUGAGAGAGGAACAUGGGACAGAGAGCUUCUUUCAACACUUCCUACCCCAGCACUUCCAACUGGAGCUGGCCCAGCGGGAUGAGGAUGUGAAUGUUAACAUCUAUAGAGCCAGGCACAGGGGAGGGAGACCUGCCCGACAUCACCCUUCCUGUUGACCUCAGCCCCUGUCUCAGUGGCCUGUCUCCAGAGCCGUAAACAUCAGGACAAAAGGAAAGGAUGGCUUACCUGUCUUCUCUCUCCCCUCCUCCAAUUUGUUCCCCUAGGCAUUCUUGGGAAGAUGCAGGAGGGGGACUGCCCGUUAAAAACAGCAGAGUCCUAGAAGCAUUGGGUCUAAAGCCCAAAGAAGGUGCCCAACACUUGUCUCCAGAGGAGGAGGGGGAGAAGGUAGUCAGGAUAUUUAGGGUAAGUGAGGAAUAGUGGCUGCGAGAGACUGUCACCGGUCACUCCAGUUCUUUAAACAGAAUGGGCUCUUCUGUUUGUUUUUUGAGACAGGGUUUCUCUGUGUAGACUUGACUCACUGUGUAGACCAGGCUGGCCUCGAAAUCAGAGAUUCUCCUGCCUCAGCCUCCCGAGUCCUGGGAUCAAAGGUGUGCGCCACCACUGCCCCGGCCUCAGAAUGAACUUUCUUAAAAAGCACAUUCUUAGCCAGGGGGUAGUGGCAUAUGCCUUUAACCCCAGCACUCCAGAGGCAGAGGCAGGUGGAUCUCUGGGGAGUUCGAGGCCAGCCAGAACUAUAUAGUGAGACCCUGUCUCGAAAACAAAACAAAAACAAAAAAAAAAACAAUCUUUGACAUUUUUUUAAGGGGGAAAAUGAGCAUUAGUGAUCCUCUUGUGCAUCCCCGAACAUGUAGCUAUUGAGAGAGAGAGAGCUGGUACCAAGACCCCUCCGAGCUCCCGCUUCUCGUCUGCUGUGAUAUGACUCUCACUAAGACAAGUUCUCCUAGACCCGAGCCUGGGGACGAGCAGCAGAGCUGUCCCUUUGGGCUGUAGCUCCUUCAUCCUUUGCAAAGUUCAGGACCUGAUCACAGACUAUCAUGUUGUACCCAACUCUGGAUUGAGUUCUGGGUUCUUCUGACCUCUGGUUUUUCCUUCCUAAUUUGUUUUACCUUCACGUCUCGUCUCUGCCCUCUGGGGCAGUCUGGGUAGGGCUCUUCACACUUACUGUCUGGGCGCACAGCUAUCGCUGGUGUGGCCGCCGCCAUUCUCUUAACCUCCAAAACUACUCUUCAGAUUCGUGCAGCCUUUCCUGACCCUGCUGGAUUAGCUUUUGCUGCGAGAAGGAGCGUCUCUGCUUGGUACUCAGGCUACACCCGCGGGCUCACAAACUUUGUAUCUAUUUCCUAUCCCUUUUGUAUUGCUCUUUUAGACAAAUUGCAAAAGCCCUACUCUUUGCUCCCCAACUCUACGGCGGCAUUCUCUUACGUCUCCACUCUUUACCGGAAGGGCCACUGCUUCAGAUAAAACUCACUCUUUGCUUCUAAAACAAAAACAAACAAACAAAAAAAACCCUUCUUUUCCUGACUCCUCUGUUUGGAUGUGAUUUCCUUCUUGGGAGAUCUUUUAACUGUUUAGGGACCUUAUCUUGUCUUACCUGCUCCUCAUUUCCUGGCCAAUAGAUACCUCGGAGGACAGGGCUGUGGUACAGCUCCGGGCACACAGGUGUUCAGCAGAUAUUUUGCUAAUUCAGGAAUUAUUUAUUCGGUUUGUUGAAGGAACUCCUUCACCUCUCCAGGUGACCCUGGAGAGUUUCCUGAGCCCACCCACCUACCUCCCGUUUGUCCUGAGUCCUAAAUGAAUACUGAAUAUGAAAAUUGGAAAUAAAGAAACACAAACUGUUACCUACA